AUGGAUGAGUCGGGCACGAUCAAUCCGGCGGCGCUGAAUGCUUCUGCAUCCACGAUAGCACCGAACCUCCUUUCACAGCCAAAUCCUCGAGGCACCAAGCGUGGCAGAUCACCAGAAGGAGACGGAUUGCGACGUCAAGAGUCAGAUGCUGCUGGCGACGGUCAAAGUACCAAGCGAAGUAAGGCCUUGAAGCAGGAGGACAGCUCUUCCACAUCGACACACACUGGACUGUAUGCGACAGCUCAAGCUGUCCACACACCACAGAUUAUGACGCAAGCACUACCUCACGCUACACCUAGCCAAGCGUCGCCAGCACGCUCAACCCCAGGCUCGGCCACAAAGCCCACAGUAAUCAAAGCGCUACCCACAGUCCGUGAUCACACUACAGAUCAACUCGGCCCAGGAGGCGACGAGUAUAUACCUCGAGAGACGGACCCAGAUGGCGAACUAAAGGUAUCGCUUGAUGGCCAUCCACAGGAUGGGCGCAAAUACCGGUGCAAAACAUUCCCAGUACCGGAUCGCGGCGAGAAGAUGUUCAUGCUGGCGACAGAAUGCGCGCGAGUACUGGGAUAUCGGGACUCGUAUCUUCUGUUCAACAAGAAUAGAUCGCUGUACAAGAUCAUCGCCAGUCAACAAGAGAAGGACAGCCUCAUUCAUCAGGACAUCCUACCCUACUCCUACCGCUCGAGACAGAUUGCGAUAGUCACGGCACGCAGCAUGUUUCGGCAGUUUGGCAGUCGCCUUAUCGAAGGCGGCAAGCGCGUCCGGGACGACUACUGGGAGGCGAAAGCCAGAAAGCAGGGCUUCACAGAGGAGGACGCUGCGGGCGAGAAGCGGCCAGGCGCUGCCAAAGCAAGGGAAGCUGCUGCUGCCGAGGCAAGUCACCAGACGCUCUCUCUCCCGCAAGGCGAGAUCAUCUACAGCAGUGGCCCUGGCUUGGAUGGUCAACCUCCUGGGCUGGGCCAAGUUUCACUUGCGCCUUUGCCAAUGAUUCACCUUCCCGGCGACGAGGUCCGGCCGAACAGCUACGGCAACAUCAUGCGACCUCGGCAGGACAUUGUCGGGCCUCCGUAUCAUGACCGCCUCCAGUCAAGCAACCCGAAUGACAUUCUGAACCAGGCGUCGCAUGCUGCAGAGUUCAACAAGCAACUGAGCAACACGCGGGCUCAUCGUUCGAAGUACUUGGACGAUUUCUGGAAGCGGCCGCACGAGCAGCCUAGGACGCAAGCUCCAAGCGAUGGCGACAUGGGCACUGUAGCGCCGCAACACCUCCAGUCGCCUCAGGCUGUUGCUGGUAUGGGCCAAAGCAGAGGUCAACAGGACCAGAUGCCGCAUCACGGAUCGCAGAUGAUGCCUCAAACAUACGGAGGCUACCCCAAUCAGCAAAAUACGAUGCCAUCGCCGGUUCAGCAAAUGCACCGUAUCGCGCCGGGUCAGAUACAUCCCAGCACUCCGAUGGCCGCCGGGUCAAGCCACAGGCAGACUCCGUCCUAUGGAGGCUACCCACAGAACCAGAUGUGGCCACCGCCCCAACCCCAGCCCUCGCCACUCUCACAAUCACACCACAUCUCUCAAUACGGCCAACAGCAACAUCAUCAGUCGUCUAUGGGCCCGCCGCAGAUGCCGCAGCAGAUGAACUAUCAGCAGAUGGGUAUGAAUAACCCUGCUGCUUUCACUGGCAUGAAUCGCAGCAUGUACCAGCCGAGUCCAAGCCCACAGCAAUUCGGCAUGCAAUCUAGCGCUGGCCAACAGCCAGGCAUGCAAGGCUGGGCCACGCCUGGAGCCGCUGGGAACAUGCCGCAGGACUGGCAGAGGUACCAGUAA